AUGGACACUUCCACCGCAUCGCCCAGACCAGGGGAUCUCGUCACCAAAUGGGGCUACUCGUUCACCUGGACAGACCAACACCUGCCGCGAGCAGAGACCGAACCCCUCCGCCAACAGUACGACACGCUAGGCGCUGCGGCUCUCGAACGACUGCAAGCCAUCCGGGCGUCCCUCCUGGAAGCCGCCAAAGCCAAUGGCACCAACCCACCACCCACCGACCUCUAUGCCCUCCUGCAAGCCCAUCACACGCACGAUGACGUCCUGGCCCGGUUCUGGGCCGAGACGCACACCGUCCCUGAAUGGGUCGACUGGGCACAGCUCGCCCGCGGCCAGCGCGUCUUCUACCGCUACGCCAUCGCCAACAUCGUCGGCUUCGCCCUGCAGGGCUUUGUCGCCGAGAACUCCGUACACCCCCUCCCCCUCUCCCUGCCUCCCCUCUCUCUUUCACACCCGCUGACAGCAAAGCUCCAGGCCGCACCAGGCGUGGUGGAAGUCCUCGUCCGCACCGGCGGCUUCUCCACCCGCACCCUGCUCAACCGCCUCCUCGAGACCUUCCAGUGGCUCAUCCAGAUCACGCACUCGCUGGAGGCGCUGCAGCCCGGCGGCGAGGGCCACACCGCAACAGUGCGCGUGCGUCUUCUCCACGCCUCCGUCCGCCAGCGUCUGCUCCUCCUCGCCGCCCGCAAACCGGGCUACUUCGACACGGCCCGCUACGGCGUCCCUGUCAACACGCUCGACAGCAUCCACUCCAUCAGCACCUUCUGCUGCAACCCGAUGUGGCUGCAGCUGCCGCGGUUCGGGGUGGCGCCUGCGGCGGCCGACGUUGCGGACUACAUCGCGCUGUUCCGGUACGUGGCGCUCCUGCUGGGCACGCCGGAGGGAUAUUUUAAGAGCGUGGAGAGCGCGCGCCGCACGAUGGAGAGUAUGCUGGCGCAUGAGCUGCGCACGACGGAGACGAGCCGCGUCGUGGCGUUUAAUUUUGUCGAGUGUGUGGGGAAUUUUCCGAUGCCGAUGUAUGUGUCCAAGAGGUUUGUCGAGGCGGGCAGUCGCUGGAUUAACGGGCAUGAGUUGUGUGAUGAGUUGGAGAUGGGGAGGCCCGGUUUGCUGCACUAUCUGGUGUUUGCGGGGCAUUGUGUCUUGGUUGCGGUGUUGGCGUGGGUGCAGUGGGUGGUGCCCGGGUUGGAUGCGCUGGUUGUGAGGUUCUUUAGGGAGGUCAUGUACCGUGGCGUGGUGCUGCGGAAACGCAGUCGGUUCACCUUCAAGUAUGUCCCCCGGGAGGGGAAGAGCACCGGCAAAGAGAAGCAUCUUGAUGGUAAGGGUGAUAUUGAGUCUGGAGUAUGCUGGGGGAAUGUUCUCGGAUUGCCUGAUAUGGGCCUGUUCGAGAUGUUCUUCCUCCUGGUUCUGGUUGCUGCCGUCGGCAUGGCGACGGCGGUGGUGGUCGGUGCGCUGUCACACAUAGAUAACUAA